AUGAGCGCAUCAGUACCACUACAAGCACCCGUCAUCGGCUCGCUGUGGCCCGAGUCGGACCCCAAGACGUUCCUCGAGAUCCAGUUCCGCACGCGCGCUCUCGUCGAGGGCUUCUCGCUCGCCUGGGACGACACGGCGCCCGAGGGCGUCCACACGUUCUACUGCUUCGAGACGCCGACAGUCGACGGCGUCGACUCGUGUCCGUGCGCCUGGACGAUCGCCCACGACCCCAAGACCGGCGUCUACCGCACGACGAGCUCCAGCUUCACCCACGCGCACCCUCCAGUCCCUGUCGAGUCCAAGGAGCACCGCGAGAUCGUCAAGGACCAGCGCGAGUUCCUCGUCGAGGCGGUCGCCGACCUCGAGGAGACGGCGACAGCUCGCUUCGACCAGCUGCGCAAGCUGUCGAGCUACCGCGUCGGUCUCGAGCCACUACCGGGCCCGUCGCCGUCGGUCCAGCAGCAGGUCAUCGUGCGGGACCUCGCCGUCGCCGUCGGCGAGCUGCGGGCUCGCGGGUUCGAGCUCAAGAUGCGCCUCGAGGACCGUCCCGUUAACGACUAUCCGACCGUCAGCACCUUCGACGCCCCGCCUCCUCCUUUGGCCCCGCUCGAGCCCGUCCGGCGUCCUGUUUCCGCCAAGGCCGCCAUCGCCUCCACACGCCCUCCUUCCCUCGUCCCCAUCCCUACGAGCGCCCCAAGCUCCACGCCCUCCCUCGUCGGCGAGCUCCCGUUCUCGCGUUUGCGCACGUUCCCACCGCCGACUCGCCCUCGCUCCUCCUCCACCGCCUCCUCUCGCCGCAGCCCCCUUCUCUUCCUCAACUGGUCGCAGUUCGAGAACGCGGUCGAGGCGCUCGCGUCGAGCCAGGGCUUCCAGGUCGGCGUGCGCGAGAUCGAGGUCGACGACGACGCGCUCGCGCUCGGCUGCACCGAGCCGGGCUGCACGUGGCGCGUCGCCGUCGCGCACGCGUCCGGUGCCGAGCGCGUCGUCGUCGCCGAGAAGACGUGCUACCAGCACAAGCACGCCGAGCCGGUACGCAAGCGCAGGGCGGGCGAGAAGGCGUCGAGCGGCGGGUCGGCCAAGGGCAAAGGGCUCGUCAAGGCGGACAAGAAGAAGAAGAAGAGCGUCACGUUCAAGGAGCCGACCCCGCCGCUUGCGCCCGCGGUCGCCGCCUCGACGCCGCACAAGCGCCAGCAGAUGCGCCGCAAGGCGACGAGGGCGCCCAUCGUCGAGGACGAGGCGAACGAGUCGGACGACGACGCCGACUGCGUCUUUGUCGGCAAGACUGAGCGGGACGACUUGAAGCACGUCGCCUCGUCCAUCCCCAAGGCCUCGGCCGUCACCGCGGCGCCGUCCUCGUUCAAGGCGCCGGCGCCCGCCUCGAGCCGACUCGCCCUCGCCGACUCGCACAACGUCCACUCACCCGCCUCGCCGUUCGGCCCUUCACGCCUGCCUAUCGGAAGCGUGUACGACCCUGCUCCCUUCUACGGCUCGUCGACGGCGAGCGUCGGGCCUAUGCCCUCGCUCUAG